UCAGCAACUUAUAGCGGGACUGCGAUGAGAAUUCUGACACUGGGGGGAACUGACUUGGUGUCACUGACAUCCCGUCACACCAAUACAGUGAUCAGUGCUAAUUAAAAGCACUGACAGUGCACUAAUGGCACUGGGCAGGAAGGGGUUAACAUGUGGGCCAAUCAAAGGGUUAACUGUGUGCUGCGUGUGCUUCACUGUGAAUGGCGGCGCGGGGGCUAACAUCUGGGGAGAUCAGAGGGCUAACUGUGUGCUGUGUUAUGCAGUGCCAUGCAAAGCAGUGUGCAGGAGCUGACAGGGGAGAGAUCUGUAUUGUUUACAUACAGAUCUCUCCCCCGUCGGUAAUACUCGGAAAUCGCCAAGUGCCAGCGGUUAUU